GACAGGCCCUCCUACACGGCGCUGUCAUACGUCUGGGGUAAAGAGACGGGUGCGAAAAGGGCGAUCGUAGUAAAUGGCGCCGAAUUCCAAGUAGGAGUGAACCUAGAUAACGCGAUUUGUAUAAACCAGAAGGAUGUGGAAGAGAAGAGUGACCAGGUGCCAAGGAUGCGGUCCAUUUACUCGGGCGCGUCAAACGUUAUGAUCUGGCUUGGA